AUGUCGUCAAGAACAGAAGAUAAAAUUUCCGAUGAACAACAGCUGCCCGCUGCUAGAAAGCUAUACUACAACUCAAGCACUUUUGCCGAGCCACCCCUGGUGGAUGAAGCCGGCAACCCCAUAAACUACGAGCCGGAGGUCUACAACCCGGACCACGAAAAGCUGUACCACAACCCAUCGCUGCCCGUGACCUCUAUUCAGGACACUAGAGAUGACGAGUUACUAGAGAGAGUUUAUAGUGUGGACCAAGAAGUGGAAUAUGAAGAAGACGAAGCAGACAAACCGAAUUUGAGUUUCGCAUCCAUGAAAAGUUAUGCUUUGACAAGAUUCACGUCUUUGCUGCACGUCCACGAGGUUUCUUUGAGAAAUAUCAACCCGGUCCCGGAAUUGAGGAAGAUGACGCUGCAAAAUUGGAACUAUUUUUUCAUGGGGUAUCUUGCUUGGUUGACGGCCGCCUGGUGUUUCUUUUGUGUUUCAGUGUCAGUAGCCCCGCUAUCUGAACUGUAUAAUAGACCCACUAAGGACAUUACCUGGGGGUUGGGGCUGGUUUUAUUCGUUCGCUCAGCGGGCGCAGUUAUAUUUGGUUUAUGGACAGACAAGUCUUCCAGAAAGUGGCCCUACAUCACCUGUUUGUUUUUAUUUGUCAUUGCACAGCUUUGUACUCCAUGGUGUGACACUUACGAAAAAUUCCUGGGCGUCAGGUGGAUCACUGGUAUUGCCAUGGGUGGGAUCUAUGGGUGUGCUUCCGCAACGGCUAUAGAAGAUGCUCCAGUGAAAGCACGUUCUUUCCUAUCAGGUCUCUUUUUCUCUGCAUAUGCUAUGGGGUUUAUCUUCGCAAUCAUUUUUUAUAGAGCCUUUGGCUACUUCAGAGAAGAUGGCUGGAAAAUUUUGUUCUGGUUUAGCAUUUUCUUGCCAAUUUUACUAAUUUUCUGGAGAUUGCUAUGGCCAGAAACAAAAUAUUUCACCAAAGUCCUGAAGGCUCGUAGACUAAUACUAAGUGACGCUGUGAAGGCCAACGGUGGGGAACCUCUGCCCAAGGCCAAUUUCAAACAAAAGAUGGUGUCUGUGAAGAAAACUGUUCAAAAGUACUGGCUGUUGUUUGCCUAUCUAGUCAUUAUGUUGGUCGGUCCAAAUUACUUAACUCACGCUUCUCAAGAUCUGCUGCCAACCAUGUUGCGCGCUCAAUUAGGACUAUCUAAGGAUGCAGUCACCGUUAUUGUGGUCGUUACUAACAUCGGUGCUAUCUGUGGUGGUAUGAUAUUUGGUCAAUUAAUGGAAGUCACGGGUAGAAGAUUAGGCCUGUUGAUUGCGUGUGUAAUGGGAGGUUGUUUCACGUAUCCUGCAUUUAUGUUAAGAAGCGAGAAAGCUAUUUUGGGAGCUGGAUUCAUGCUAUACUUUUGUGUUUUUGGUGUCUGGGGUAUUCUACCCAUCCACCUGGCUGAAUUGGCUCCUGCCGACGCAAGGGCUUUAGUCGCUGGUUUAGCUUAUCAAUUGGGUAACCUGGCCUCUGCAGCAGCCUCUACAAUUGAGACGGAAUUAGCUGGAAAAUAUCCACUAGAAGUGGAUUCCUCUGGUACUGUUAUAAAGGAAGAUUACGCUAAAGUUAUGGCCAUCUUAACUGGGGCCGUUUUCAUCUUCACUUUUGGGUGUGUCUUUGUAGGGCAUGAAAAAUUCCAUCGUGAUCUAUCUUCUCCAGUUAUGAAGAAGUACAUAAUUCAAGUGGAAGAGUACGAAGCUGAUGGUGUUUCAAUUAGUGAGAUUGUGGAGCAAAAAACAGAAUACGGUUCUGUGAAAAUGGUUGAUUCUACUAUCUCAAAGACAUUUGAAGAACACAUUGAAACCGUUUAA